GUCCAAAAUCUCUGCCGAAUCUCACCUCACCUGGAAAUCCAUUUAUAGAAAUACGUGUAACUCGUUAGAGGAAUCUUCUUCGAUCAUUCGAAAAGGCUAAUAUUUCUAAGGCUAUAUCCUUUGAUCGCGUGCGAACCAAUCCCAACGAUCCACGAAAAGUUCUAUCUGUUCAUAAAGAGUGGGGAAAACAGAGAGGAUUGAAUUGAAGAUUUGGCUGGUUGAGAAAAGGUUGGGUUCGGUUGUAUUCGUUUCAAUCUCGAACCUAUUUAAAAGACAUUUUAGUUGAUGAUUUUUCGAAAGAGAUCGUGAACUCGUCCUUAGCUCGUUGAACAAAAUGCAAGGAUCUUUAGGUAUCUUGCUGCUAAUUACUGGAGCCUAUUCCUUGUAUUCUUCCAACUCUGAUGUUAUAGAACUGAAACCAAGUAAUUUUGACAGUUUGGUGAUAAAUAGCGAUAACGUAUGGAUCGUGGAAUUCUUUGCGCCAUGGUGUGGUCACUGUCAACAGUUAACACCUGAAUAUGACAAGGCAGCAACAGCCUUAAAGGGCAUCGUAAAAGUGGGCGCAGUGAAUGCUGACGAGCAUAAGGCCCUGGGCUCACGAUAUGGAAUACAAGGUUUCCCAACUAUUAAAAUCUUCGGUGUUGACAGCAAACCGGAGGAUUAUAAUGGGCCAAGAACAGCGGCAGGACUCGUCGAUGCUGCAUUGAAUGCAGCUGGACAAAAAGCACGUAGAGCUUUAGGUGGUAAAAGAAGCAGUGGAGAUUCCAAGUCUAAGGAUUCGAAAGAUGUGAUCGAAUUGACAGACGACAAUUUUGAUAAGCUAGUAUUGAAUUCAGAGGAUAUGUGGCUGGUAGAGUUUUAUGCACCCUGGUGCGGUCACUGUAAAAACUUGGCACCGAUCUGGGCGUCUGCGGCGACGGAACUUAAAGGGAAAGUCAAACUGGGAGCUGUCGAUGCAACUGUGAAUAGAGUCAAAGCUAGUCAAUACGACAUAAAGGGAUAUCCUACUAUCAAAUACUUUGGGUCUGGCAAGAAAUCUGCAGAUUCUGUUCAAGAUUACGACGGCGGUCGCACGAGUAGCGAUAUAGUGAAUUGGGCGUUGGAGAAACUGGCUGAGAACGUACCAGCACCGGAAGUGACUCAAAUCAUAAAUGAGAAAAAUUUAAGAGAAGCAUGCGAGGAUAAACCUCUCUGCGUCGUAUCUGUCUUGCCACACAUUUUAGAUUGCCAGUCGGAAUGUAGAAACCAAUACUUGAAAACUUUGAAUCAGCUUGGAGAAAAAUAUAAGCAGAAAAUGUGGGGAUGGGUCUGGGCUGAAGCUGGUGCUCAGCCACACAUCGAAGAAGCGUUAGAAAUCGGGGGUUUCGGUUAUCCGGCGUUAGCAGCCGUGAACAUAAAGAAAAUGAAGUAUUCCUUGCUGAAAGGUAGUUUCUCUUACGGUGGUAUAAACGAGUUUCUACGGGAUUUAAGCUACGGGAGAGGAGGCACUGCUCCCUUGAAGGGUGCCCAGUUACCCGACAUCCUCGAGACCACGCCUUGGGAUGGGAAGGAUGCUGAACUUCCGCAGGAGGAGGACAUCGAUCUUAGCGACAUAGAUCUCGACGAGAAAGACGAAUUGUAAUUACGAAACAGUCUUUCUUAGAAACGUAUGCACCCUCGUAUAAGUACAUGUACUAGUGAAACGAUUCUACAGUUAUUUUUAUAUAACAUCAUUAUUUUUUAUCAAUAUUAUUCUACAUAUUAAUGUACAAUAAUAACACGUCAUCGUUGACUCAGUGUCGGAAAUAUCUUCUCUUCUCUUCAGUUGAACAGCGUCGUUUGUCGUCGUCGUCAUCGUUUGUGUCGAUAAGUCAAUUCUCAGGAAAUUCAGACAUAUUCUAUUACACAUGCUUAGAUAACGACUCUUCCAUCAGUCAUUCUCAUCAAAUUUUCAUCUAUUUACUUCGAAUAGAAUUUAGUUCGAAUGAAAUUCAAUUCACAAAUUAUUUUUAUUGUACAAACGUAAGUAGGAACAGUAUGAUUGAUAUCUCAGAGACAUGUGUCUGAAUAUUUUUAAGCGAUUAUUUGUACAUUUUUAAGAGUACCAGUAGGAUACAAGGAGUUAUAUGAACUUAGUGAAAUUAUGUACUUGUCCCUCGAUUGAAUUUAACUGAGUAAUUUUGUAUGGAGAUGUUGUAAUGAUAAAAUUGUUACUGAUAAUAUACAUAACAGAUCGAUGUGCAUUCCAUAACUAUUGGCUCUCCCUAAUGUGGGACCAAAAUUUGCAUUUACUUACGAUCUUUAAGUUCAUCGGUU